CACAGAUCUAAACGUAUCAAGAAAGUUAAGAGAACUUGAGGGAACUUGGAGAGAGUCCAGCAUGUGGAGCUACCUGUUCUUGCUACCAAUCAUCCUAGCUCUAUGGGCUAUCGCUGGCAUCUGGAUUGUAAGGGAAAGCUAUCCACAAGCCCCUUACUGACUUCCUGUAUUCCUUCCAUCUAUCUCAGUUUUGCAAUUGCCGUGGGUAACAGAUCUGUGGAUCUCCAGAAAAGCUUCCCCUUUAUCAGUAACUGUGGGUCUUAUGCUCCUCAGAGCUGCAUUUUCAGCCAAGUACUCAAUACAGGAGCUGCCCUAGCUAUUUGGAUCUGCAUUGUGCGCUAUCAUCAACUCCGGGACUGGGGCGUAAAAACAUGGCAAAACCAGUUGAUUCUGUGGUCGGGACUCCUUUGUGCCCUGGGAACCUCCAUAGUAGGCAAUUUCCAGGAGAAGAACCAGAAGCCCACACACCUGGUAGGAGCUUUUCUGGCCUUCAUCCUGGGCAACCUGUACUUCUGGCUACAGUUCUUUCUGUCCUGGUGGACGAAGGGCCUGCCCCAACCUGGGCCCCGCUGGAUUAGGCUUCUCCGCCUGAGUUUAUGCAGUCUCACCACCAUCCUCAUCGUGGCCAUGAUCAUCCUGUACUCCCAACGGAUGCGUUCUGCCUCUGCUGCCUGCGAGUGGGCAGUGGCCAUGCUGCUCUUUGUGCUAUUUGGAUUCUUUGCCGUGGACUUUUCCAGCUUGCGGGGCUGCACCCUGCACUUAGAGCCCCAACUGGACUGCAGCCUCCCACAGACUCCCACUGAGUCUCCAAAUGCACAGAUGUCACAGAUGCUCUGACUAGGCUCCGCACUAUUGGCAGAGGAAGAAAGAUGGGGCCAACCCAGGCUCACCCAACGAUGAGCUGGAG